AUGGUUAGAGGGACAAUAGAGGCGUUGCAAUCUUUUAGAAACACAGGGUUUGCUAGCAUUUUGCCAAAAGUAUCCUUUUUUCAAACACACAAAAUUGAUACUUUAGAUAUGGAAGAGUUGUAUAUUGGUGCGAGAAACUGUAAGACUACAAAGACAAAUAGAUUUCAUUUUGAGGUUGAAAUCAUCAACACGGUGGUAGAUAUGAAACUUAUAGAAUAUUGGGAUCUAUUUAGUGAAACAAGCACCCAGUUACUAGAAUACAUGAGUGCUUUGAGCCCUUGUGAUUCAUUUGCACAAUUUGACAAAUCAAAGUCGUUGAAGUUAGGUAAUUUAUACAAGUAUGACUUUGAUGAUUCGGAUAUGAUAAACCUUGAAGGACAACUUGAGAUAUUUUAUCACUUUUGCAUCAAAGAUGAGCGCUUCACUCAUUUGAAAGGAAUUCCAGACCUUUCUCGUUUGAUGGUUAGUAUAGGGAAGCAUCGGUCUUAUCCUUUGGUUUAUAAGCUUUUAAAGUUGGCUUUGAUAUUACUCGUAGCGACCGCAAGUGUAGAAAGAUGUUUUUCAAAGAUGAAGCUCUUGAAGACCGACUUACGCAAAAAAAUUGGUGAUGACUUAAUGAACGAUGCAUUGCUUUGUAAUGUUGAGAUCGAAGCACAUGCGAAAGUUGAGAAUGAAAAAGUAAUGGAGUGGUUUCAAAAGAUGUCUGCAUGA